AGUGGUAUUGUCAUGUCGGUUUUGUCGUUGGGGUCCUUCCACUCAUGUUGUGCAUCCCCGGUCCAUGAAGGGAAGGAUAGCGAGCUCGUUGUUGCUGAGUAUACGGCUACGAAAGGAUCAGCAGUGUAUCAACGGCCUGCCUUCCUACCGCCUCCUCUCCCGCUUUAUAAGGAGGAGCAUCGGUUACCUCUAGCCCGUGUGAAACCCAGCCGACCGCUGGAAAGACACCUUGGUGACACUGUUGUUUUUGAAGACUGUUGCUUCUCGGACUCAGUCAGUCGUUUGAGCUCUUUCGAUGGCGAUCACGCUGUGCUGGAGCAGGUGGAAGGUUGCGAAAUGCCUACGCAGUUGCCAUUUAGUCACCUCCCUCCACUCGAUGCACCAGAGUUGGCUGAGUUUGACGUUGCGUUGGCAUCAGAAGUGCUGGAGAGCAUCCAAGUGUUGUGCGAGGAAUACGAGCGGUUUUAUGCAGCCCGAAGGAGCUUACAAUGGCUUGAGGCAUAUUUACAACGGCAUCAAAAAGAUACACCCGAGGCUCGACAUUUUAGCGUCUCAAUGGAGAAAGAUUUAUGUAUAGCUCGGCUGCGGCUGAAGCUCGAGUGGCUGGACUCGGCUCUCGAGAGGACACGGACAGAUGGGAUAUCGGAUGGAGACUGCGGUGGGGCUGACAAGUGGCUAUACGAGAAACUCUCGUCUGAGAAGGAGCUUUGGCUCAAGCAGGACACAGACUAUAUGUUGACUUUAAAGAUCCAGGGCAUUCUGCAUAAUCCAACGUAUCAUAUAAUCAGCCUCAUCCGCGAGGUCGAUCUCCACCCUAAUUGGGUUCCAUUCCUCUCCGGCUCGUGGACCGAUCACGUGAUCGAAGGGUGUGGUCGUCGGUGCCAAAUGAUGGUCACACAUGAGUAUUCCGUACCGAUCCCUUUCGUCCCUUCUCGUUGGGCCUCGAUGUAUGCCUUUGCAUGUGAUGCCUUGGAUGAGCCUGGGGUAGAGUCGAUAAUAAUUUACGGUAGAGGUAUACCCGAAGAUAGCAAGGAGUUUUGGGGCUAUUCUGUGCCGACGAUGAAGGGGAUCCGAGCGGAGCUGGAGACUCUAUCUUUCGUCAUGAAGCCGAUUGAUGGAGGGAAGUCGACCAGUUUUACUAUACUAGCAGAAACGAAUCCCAAGAUACACAUACCUGAGAAGAUUCUUGGAUGGUUAUGCAAGCAAUAUGCCAAGUAUAUUUUCCACAGCAUAGAGAAGCUCUCAGAUAACUUUGAGAGCACCGAGUAUCCCACUCGUAUGGAGCAAAAUAGAGACUUCUAUGAAUUCAUUGAGACAACGGUGAUUGGAAGAAUUAAGUCAAUGCAUGAACGGGGUCGAUCCUGUCAUGAUAAGGAUGACUUUGUAGCCAGCUGAAGCAAGCUUUUUUCUCAGUGCUUUGCUUUGACGUUUAUCUUGUGCAUUCAUCCAGUCGAAUUGUCAACUGACUUUGAGUCUGAUUCUGCUGUUAUCUUGACUAGGCCUACGAGGAAGUCUUGUGUCUCAGCUUGCCCUGUACCGGGGCAUGUUACACGUUUUUGACUAUAGUACGA